ACUCGUCUCGGUGCCAGAAAGCUAAAGUCUCCGACGAUGAGCGAAGCGGAAGCAGCCGGCGUUACCGAUGAUUAUUCUCCAGCGACUGCAAUCUCUUCUGAUGCGACGGAGCAUGCAUCGAUCGGGGCGGUUGAUUCGGUGGAGGAAGCCAUAGGAGGAGCAGAGAAAUGGGUGGAUGGUUUCCAGCGCACGGUGAAGGAAUCUACAGACUCCGCCAUUCGCUCUGCUCGCUCUCUCCGCGAGAACUACACCUCUCAGUUCCGCUCUAUACAGGAUUUGAUUCCACAUGCUUUGACUCAGUAUAAGACCUAUGAGAAUGCUUUCUUCAGCAAAGUUACUGAAGAAUUGAUAAACGUAAAGGAGCAUCCCGCUGCUGCUGCUGGGAUUGGUCUCGCUGCUGGUCUCGUUCUUAUGCGUGGCCCAAGAAGAUUCUUGUUUCGUCGCACACUGGGCAGAUUUCAGAGCGAAGAGGCGCAGUUCUUGAGAGCUGAGAAGCAUGUCCAGGACCUGAACAUGUCUGUAGACUUGAUGAAAAAGGAGAGCAGUAAAUUGCUUGAGAGGUCGGCUUUAGCGGAGAAGGAUAUGAAACGCGGUCUUUCUGAACUCAUGAACUCUGGAAACAAUAUACAUCGUCUUGCUAAGUCCGUCCACAAGGUUGAAUGCGAAGCUGCAGGUUUAAUGGAUGGACUGCGGCAAAUUCCUGGGAGGGAAGCUAUCAAGCUUAGAGCCGAAGUGGCUUCUAUGACUUCGCUCUUGAGACAGAAGAGGAUUGCGUUGAACAAAAGGAUCAUGGGGAUGUCUGAACUAGGAGUUCCCGUCUGAUAUACAACACAAAACCACCAAGCCUUGAGUUUUUUUUUGUAAGUUAUUUCAAGUCGAUUUCUCGUUAAUAAACAUCUAACUCUGUCUGAAUCCAAAUCCUUGUUAUGUUUCUUUUCCUGACAUUUGAGACCAUUGCCUUAUUUGGGCGAGUAAUAAUUUAUGAGAAAGUUACUGAA